AUGAGUGGUGAGAGUCAGAGCCCUGCAAAAUGUGUUGAGGAUUCAGAAGCGACUCACUCACACAAGGGGAGCACAUCUCCAUUAGAAAAGAACGCUAACUUCUCUAACAUGAACUCACGACGUCCUGGAGCACGACAUUCUUCCCAUUACGAACCGAAUCUUAAAUCGAUUUAUCGUUGUUGCGACUUCACUCGACCCUAUGCAUCAAAAGAGGACACUAUUGUUUAUUUCAAAAGAGGUGAAGUAGGUCUUGCUCAUGUCCACAAGGUAGACCGAAAGGCACUUGAUGUCUCAUUGUACAAAGGGUUGAUUUCCUGUCAAACACUCGAGCUUGAAACCAUACCCUCGUGUCGGCGCAUUAGGCGGCUUGUAGAAGAGGUGCUUGUUGUGGAUAGGGGAUUUUCUACUGGUGAAACUGUGAUAAAAUUUGAAAAUAAACAUAUUGGAAACCCAGAAAAAGAGGAUUUAUGUGUGCCGCGUUCAGACGUCAUUAUUGGACAGGUUGUGAAUGUUGAAGUCCGUGGUGACGUUUUGGUGGUUCCUUGUAAAAAUCUCAUAGUGAAGAAUGUUUCUUUAGGAAACAAUGAAUAUACUGAAAUGGUUAACUACAAUUCCGCGCAUAAUUAUAUUAUGUAUAAGGACUGGAUAGGAAAUGCUAGUGACUGUAUAAAUGACGUUACAUUGUUGUAUCGCGGAAGGCAUCGUUUCGUCGUUAAAGAGGGUGGUCGUACAGGGGUCUUCCUUUGCCGCCAAGAUCGUUCAGAUGAAUCAAAGGCUUUGGUGCCUGGUGAACGCGUGUCUAUAGCCAUCAGCGAUGCUCUCGGUCGAUCUGCUACCUGGGAACAAAAGCCACCAAGGACUCUCACUUGCGCGCGGAGGCGGCGAGCCACAGAAGGCAUUAAAUGUGUCAUAGAGAAGAUUGAAACCAAUUCUCUGUUGGUGGAUUGGAUCAUGUCGCCUUCAUCCACCACUAAACCACCGAAAGUAAUUCCAAAAAGUGAGAUUUCAAGGGUUUCACGAAUUGAUCCGUCUGCAAAUCCACGGCCAAGUACAUGUGAUCGUGUCGUGACCGUCAAAGAAUAUUUUGCGGGUUUGCGAGACCAGUACGGAGGUUUCUUCAGGAAGUUGCUUGCCAAAGACGAUGAUUCGAUUCCUCCUUCCUGUGAAAAUUGUUCAAUUCAAAAUCAAAAAGAGCAUGAGCAGAGAUCACCGACAGCUAAGGCUGCGAAAAUUGCCCGCUUGAGUGAUGAUACUACACCACAACAGGGUAAUGAGGGCGAUUCUGUCUCAGCUCACAGUGUGGCCGAAUGUGAAAUGAUGGAAUCGAAGGAAGAUGUUACCAAUGAUGAAGAAGCUUGGGAGUCAUCUGAAGAAAGUAGUGAUGAAGACGAGACUCCUUCAAAGCGUAAAUGUCCAGCCCGUCGUCGAAGAUGUACGCCAGCACUGCCUUCGGAGUCUCCUCGUUUGGCAAAGGAUAUACUAGGCAAUCAAUUCAUAGGAGAGGUUCUUUUGUCACAUACUCUAGUGGAUGUACAGUGGAUGAAUGGGACAAUUGAAGAGAAGAUUCCCGGUUAUCUGUUGAUUCCACAUGAUCCUGAUCUCGAUCAACAGGACCACUUACCAGGGGUUAUUGUGGCUCGCAAAGACGCUCAAAACGCAGAGGCGGUGUUCGGUCUGAUAUUGUCCACAAACAGUGCGGAACGAUCUUGUAAAGUCUCAUGGUUUGAACGCAGAGAAAGCGAGGUCAAAAAUCUUGGUGAGGAUGAAUGCAUACUUUUCGAUAUCAUGGCGCAUCCAAAUUACAAGCGUUUGUUCAUCGGGAAUUAUGGAGUGAGCAUUCAUCAUCCGUCCAAUGAUAUGAGGGACAUAGCAUUCCAAGUGGUGGCUGAUCUCAAAAAUGGAAAGCAGCUUGUGCGAUUUUUGAAUGGGACUGAAGAAGAACUCUGGCCAUUUGACAUUUUACCUAUUCAUUUCGUUGAUGAAUCAUUGGACAGUGACAGUGAGGAUGAUGAUCUAAGUGUCACUGAAGGAGAUCUGUCGAAAGAUUCCGCUAUGCUCUCUGUGUUCUUGUACGACAGGCUUGUUUAG